AUUUCGUUUUGGUAAACGCACUGUCAACUAACUUUUAUCUGUCAAGAUAUAAGCUCAUUUCAUUUGUCUUUAAGCUGGAAACCAGGCUCAGAUUUGAUGAGCAAGCUAUUAUUUAACGAUCCCAUGGUUAUGAAUUUGGUUGUAAAAUCACUACUAGGCACAGACGUCCCAGAAGAUAUUUAUACGGUGGCAUCAAACGAGUGGGUCAAUGAAAGUAGGUCUGAUAUUGUAUACAUGGUCAAGGACAAACCAACGGCAGAAAGACCACCCAUUAUAAUCGAAUUUUAAGAUAAAGUCAGUCGUGAUUUUAUGAACAGAGUCAUAGGCCAUUCACCAUCAGCCUAUUGUCGAUAUAAAACUCACCUAAUCGCCCUUAUCUUUGCAAUCAAAGGAUUUUUAAGUGUUGAUAUAGAGAAAGAGUUUUCUUGCAGUGAUGAAAGCCCAUUCUUAAAAAUUGAAUCUAAGUUCUGGGCUAAGGAUUGUCUUUUAAUCUCACAAAGCUCAAUAGAUAAACUCUUAAGUCGAUCGCCCUUGG